AUGCCUUCGGUAUCUAACUUGCCUGAGCGUUACAAGCACGCACGCUUCAAGCACGAUGUUGGGUUCAAAAUUAGAAAUUUUAUGCAGAGGGUUAUCUCUGCAAUGUACCCUUAUACAAAGGUGAUACUACCGAACUUUAGGGCAGUUCAUUAUUUCUACAUCAUUACCUUUUGCUUCCUUGGUUCGAUAUUGAUUUAUCCUGUGAAGACCAUACCGUACAUUGAUGCAUUGUUCUUUGCAAGUGGGGCAUCGACUCAAGCAGGACUCAACACCGUAGACGUCAACAACGUCUCCCUUUAUCAACAAAUUAUCUUUUACAUUAUUCCAACGCUUACGAAUCCAAUCUUUAUCCACGGUUCACUACUUUUAGUUCGGUUGUACUACUUUGAACGUCACUUUGACAACAUAAAAGAAAACUCAAAGUUGAACUUCCAGAUGCGGAAAUCGGCAACACUAGCUCGAAUGAACUCAGCCGUGUCGGGAAAUUCUACAAGAUUGAAUACGGCGAAUAAUAAAGAAUUGGGGUACAACCAAGAGCACAAUGAGGUUGAUAGUUCGCAAUCAUCACCACUGCUUCAAGGAAACGAUUUUCAUCGUCAUCAUCAAAAUGGUGGGGCAGACCACACGUCUGAGCCAUCUGACGACGAAAACGACUUAGGCGUCAAUGUCAACGAAAACCACUCAAAUCAAGAAACGAUUAACCACGCAAUCAAGUUUGGAGCUCUACCGCACCCCAAAAGGAAAAAGUCAAUCGAUCCAGAGGAUAUGUAUCGUUCUAUCAAUAUGCUACGGGAAAAGCAAAAAUCAAAGGGCAGCGAGGGCGGUGGAAACCGUGGUGGUGACCACGAUGAUGCUUCUGAGAGUCGCCCUCCGCAAAGCCCUACUAUCCAUUUUGCUGAUUUUGCUUCACCCAGGCGAAAUAAAAAAGCCCACGCAUAUGCAAGCGAUUCCUCCCAACACUAUGACGACUACAACGACGAUGACAACAACAACGAUAAUGAUAAUGACGACGAUGAUGAUGUUCUUGUGAUCAAACCACCCAAUGAGGUUGAAAAUGCUACCAGCCACAAUGCAAUCUUCACCAAGAAGAAACUCGCUCGACCUCGACGGUCACUGUGGAUACCAUUAUCUUCACGGAAGUCGCGCGGCCCUUGGAGAAACAGAUUGAGAAAAACCCUUUCAAACUCGAGUCGAAAAAGGCGCUCGCAGGCAUCUAGUGAGGCAGAAGAUGAAGUAGAUGAUGAUGCUUCUAUAGACUCGGAAAUUGAUGAGAGUAACGUUUCUGGUGAUGAUACCACUCGUAUUGGAAGCCGCAGUGGCGCAGAAAACAGCGAUGCUAUUGAGGAUGACGACGAUGACGUGGAUUAUGAUGGGGAGGUUGAUGAUGGCGCUUUUACUGAUGGUGACGAGCAAGAUGACGGUGAAAUCUCUCCAACGCAUCUGAAACCACCCAAAUCACGCCGCAAGUCUGCAAGCGACCUCACUGAAGAGCAGCACCCACAACGUGCAAUCAAGUUUGAUAAUGUAAUUCCCAAUAAAGGUGGAAGAAAUAGGAGACAAGGACGGCCUCGUGGAUUAAGGAAGGUCAAAACUCCAGCAUUGUCAGGUUUAUCCAGCAGUGCUACUGCAGCAAACGAAUACAAUGAUGCGGAUGACAGUGACGAGUCAGCCAAUAGCUUCCAUCCUGGACUUUCACGGACAAUGAGUGGAAACUAUUUGUCUUUUGCUCCAACCGUUGGUAGAAACUCCACUUUCAUGAAGAUGACUGCCGAGCAAAAAGAUGAGUUGGGUGGUAUUGAAUAUAGAGCAGUCAAGUUGCUCAUUAAAAUCAUUGUCUGCUAUUACCUCGGAUUCUUGAUCGUUUCCUCCUUCAUGCUACUAAUUUGGGUGUAUUGCAUGCCAAAUUACAAGAAAAUGCUUCAUGAUAACGCCAUCAACCCUGGAUGGUGGGCAUUCUUUACAGCACAAUCGUCCUUCAACGACUUGGGAUUCACCUUGACUGCGGACUCUAUGAAUUCGUUUCAUGAAAAUGCAUUUGUACAGAUAUUGUGUGGCUUUUUGAUUGUUAUCGGAAACACUGGAUUCCCAGUAUUUUUACGCUUCAUUAUCUGGGUGAUGUUUAAAACAGCACCUGAAUUGUCGUUGUACAAAGAGUCAUUGGGAUUUUUGUUGGAUCACCCACGUCGGUGUUUCACUUUACUUUUCCCCCUGCUUCCUACAUGGUGGUUACUUUUCACACUUAUUGCCCUAAACGGGUUUGAUCUAGUGGUAUUUUGUAUUCUAGAUGUCAACAGUGACAUGUUUGAUGGGGUACCCAAAGGAUAUCGUGUUUUGAAUGGAUUGUUUCAGGCAUUUUGUACCAGAACUGUUGGGUUUUCCAUUGUUGAUUUAUCGUCGCUACAUUCUGCUACUCAGGUGAGUUACAUGCUCAUGAUGUAUGUAUCAGUCUUGCCUAUUGCCAUAUCGGUAAGAAGAACAAACGUGUACGAGGAACAGAGUUUAGGGGUGUAUACAAAGGAUGAAGAGGGAGACGAAAACACUCCGACAAACUUUGUUGGCGCGCAUUUGCGGAACCAAUUAUCUUAUGAUUUAUGGUACAUCUUUUUGGGUUUGUUUAUCAUUUGUAUUGCUGAGGGUAAAAAGUUGCAACAGAUGGAGUUUAGGUUUUCUGAAUUUGCCAUUUUGUUUGAAAUUAUUAGUGCUUAUGGUACUGUUGGAAUGUCACUCGGAUAUCCUGGCGUAAACACAUCUUUGUCUGGUGAGUUCAAUGUGGUCUCGAAGUUGGUGAUCAUUGCGAUGAUGAUUAGAGGAAGACACAGAGGAUUGCCUUAUGCUAUCGAUAGAGCCAUUUUAUUGCCUAAUGCACAAAUGAACCGUCACGAUGAAGUUCAAGAACGACACGCUAUGAACAGACUGUAUAGUGACGAACGAGGCACUGCAUUGGAAAGAGUGGCAACGUUUGCGAGAGGUGGACCUAUUGAUGGGGGCAAUAAUAUUAUCAGUCGAGUAUUGACAAAUGUCGAGCAUUUCAGGACCAAGAGAAGGAAGAGGAGGGAGUCUGUUAAUAGCAACGUCAAUGCCGAUGCCGAUGCCGAUGCCGACACUAGUGACGUUGAACAAUCUAUUCAUUCAAACAAUCCCCAUUAUCUCGUCACUACAGUAAGCCAUGUAUAG